AUGUCCCAAGAAGCUGUUGACAACGUCCAGCGUUUCGUGGAGAAGCGCGAACAAACAGAAGAAUUCUAUGAACAAGAACAACCUAGCGCUGCUGCUUUUCGCGAGUACAACAAACGGCUUGACUCGACGCUGAGGGAGCUCCAAAACCAAGUCAAGCGCCAAGAAAAUGACUUGCAGAAGCUUCGCGAGGUCAACUCCCUCGAUCUCUCCAAAAUAGGCCAGGAUCCAUGGGCGCGCGUCUCUCAAGUGCGAAGAGCCAAGGAAGCCUAUAAUUCUCUUCUGAAAUCACGCACGGAGCUGCCGAACCCCGAGUCCCCGUUGCCGUCUCUCCUUGCUGUUGAGGAAACGUCUCGGUUGAUCAACGAAACGAAAGUGUCGGUUUCAAUGACGGCAGAGAAGAUUUCGUCAGAUCGUCAACGGCUCAAGGCGGAGGAGGCGAAUCUUCGUGACGCUCAAGCAAUCCGUGACGGCUUGGAACAGCGACUCGAGAAGAUCCGGAACGAAAAGUCACAUAAGGAGGAAAAGACGCCUUCUCAACUCGCUCAGGAGUUCCUCGUGGAGCAACAGCAGAAAACUGAGAAUCUCGAUGCUGAGACGGAGAAGCUGAAAGACUCUCUGCGGACUUUUAUCGAUGAAAAUCUCGCUUCCAUGCUCGCUGCUGAGAGUCUGGGAGGUCCGACUAUAGGAGAUACGAUUGACAUUUCAGACGAUAUGCUAGAGAGGGGUUAUACGAACCAUGGAAAACCCAAAAAGCCCAGGCCCGUGGAAUCUACAGAAGGGGGUAGCAAUCAACGGCGAAUUGAUGAAAUGGUCCGUCAAGCAGGGCAAGGGGACACCGAGAGAAGAAGCAACAAGAGAGAGGCGGCGGGGGCUGAAAUGCACGACCUUCUUGAUGUCCUACUUCAAGCGGGUUCUUCCUACAUCGAUCUCCCGCGAGAAUCAGCUGCUUCUAGGUUUCUGGUAAGAGCCAAGGUUGCUCAAUUUCAUCCACGGGAUGCCAGAAAGCUAAGGUUGAUCGAUUUUGGACGUUCGUUGAGCGAAUGA